AUGUCAUACCCUCAAGGUCUACCGAAAGGCAUACAAGGCCAAGUCGACAGGGGCGCGAUCAAUAGCCACGUAACAAACGUCUGUCCCGAGGGCACCAAGUUUCAUGUCCUAUGUGUAGGUUGGCUCGAAGCCGAUGAAGGUUUCGUCAUUCGAGGUGGGAACACUUCAGUCAAGAGCAAGGAGGGCGAGAGCUUCGCGAACAGGCGACGAGAACUGCCCAUGUACUGCAUCCUUAUUGAACACCCUCACGAAGGUCUCAUCCUCUGGGAAACAGGCUGCGGGAAAGACUAUCCGGAAGUCUGGGGUCCAGUGGUCAGCGACAUCUUCUCCCGAGUCCGCUACGAACCUCAGCACGAACUUCGAGCCGCUGUCGAAGCUACAGGUAACAAGAUUGAGGACAUCAAGAAGAUCAUCAUCGGACAUUUACAUCUCGAUCAUGCGGGCGGUUUAGACGAGUUCAUGGACAGAAAAGAUGUUGAGAUCUGGGUACACGAUCUGGAGCUAAGAAGUGCCUUUUGGAGUGUAGCUACAGGUGCCGACGUCGGUGUCUAUCUAGAACACUACCUAAAGCUCGGCUUGAACUGGAAGACCUUCGACGAACGAACCUUCGAUUUCUGCCAGGGCAUCACACUACACCACCUCCCGGGCCACACCGAUGGCUUAAUCGGUAUGCAAAUCAACAUGCCAGUCAUGGGAACAUAUCUAUUCAUCUCGGACCACUGCCACGUCAUCGAGAAUUGGCGAGACGGUAUUCCACAGGGUUGGCUUGCUAGAGAUCAUCCCGCUUGGUUCAGGAGCACACAGCGAUUGAAGCAGCUGGAACGUACUACGAGAGGUCAGGUUAUUCCGGGUCACGACAAGGAGACUUUUGAGAAUCUGGUUGCGCAGGCUAAGGUCUUUACAUAG